AGCCUCCGGCGCGGGGGAGGCGGACCGCUUUUUUUUUUGCAGAGUGGUGGGUUUGUAGCCGGUAGAUUACUUUAUCAUCUUUUUUUUUCGUUCAGUUGCUCCUCAUAAUUAGCAAGGAUAACAAGGUAACUUUUUUUUUACUUACAUUCACCCAACAGAAGUGUCUCUGUGGAGCCACUUCCCAGUGAACUGGAACUGAGAGAGGGGUCCCUGGAUGAGGACCAAGCAAAGAUUUUUUUUUAGUUUAGGGGCAGGUUAUGCGAGACGGAAAUGGCGCAGAUAACGGAGGGAAGGAUUUGAGGGGCUCAACACAGUGUCUGUGUUUCGCAAAAGUUUUUUUUUUUCUAGGCUGCCUCUCGUUGCCCCCAUCUCGCUCUGUGCGGGUUUUUUUUUUCAUUAGAUUCUUUCUUGUAUCUCCGUUGAUUCCAGAAUCUUCCGCACUUCAGUCCCCUGCAGGGUGACCAUGUCGAGACCUCGGAAGAGGCUGGCUGGGACUUCUGGUUCAGACAAGGGACUCUCAGGAAAACGCACCAAAACUGAGCACUCUUUUUUUUUAUUAGCUGAAGUGGAGGACUCCAACCCUCAGAAGACUUCAGCCACUAAAAACUGUGUGAAGAAUCUAAGCAGCCACUGGCUGAUGAAGUCAGAGCCAGAGAGCCGACUAGAGAAAGGUGUAGAUGUGAAGUUCAGCAUUGAGGAUCUCAAAGCACAGCCCAAACAGACAACAUGCUGGGAUGGUGUUCGUAACUACCAGGCUCGGAACUUCCUUAGAGCCAUGAAGCUAGGAGAAGAAGCCUUCUUCUACCAUAGCAUUUUUUUUUAGCCAGGCAUCGCAGGACUUAUGAAGAUCGUUUUUUUUUUUUACCCAGACCACACACAGUUUGAGAAAAACAAUCCCCAUUAUGACCCAUCUAGCAAAGAGGACAACCCUAAGUGGUCCAUGGUAAAGACUCUUUUUUUUUUUUCAUGACAGGGGAAGGAUGAACAAGGGGAGGAAGACGGUUGUUUUUUUUUUAGGUCAAGGUACACAGCC